UGCCUGCUUACGUCAGCACGCAGGAGGACGGCCGCUGUUGCUAAGUGACGUCAGCGCGCCGGUUGACGUAGCGACGGCAGGGCAGGGGGUGGAGGCCUUGUCGUCGGCGGGGCCGGAAAUGGUACAGUUGUUGCUGUGCAGCUGGAUGUUGCUGAAUAGUGUUUCUAUGAGCUUGCUGUUCAAUCUAUCUGUUGUUCAGAAUGGCAAAGAACCCUAAUUUUCAGGAAGUUGGUCAUCUGCCUACAGGCUACGUCCACUGUAGAUCUUCAGACAGCUUUACUGGCUACCAGUAUCACCAUCCCUCCAAGAUGAGUAACAGCCAUCCACUUCGUCCUUACACAGCUGUGGGUGAGAUUGACCAUGUUCACAUUCUGUCUGAGCACAUUGGUGCUCUGAUGAAUGGUGAAGAAUACAGCGACGUUACCUUUAUUGUAGAAAAGAAACGUUUUCCUGCACACAGGGUGAUCCUGGCUGCUAGGUGCCAUUAUUUCAGAGCAUUAUUGUAUGGUGGAAUGAGAGAAUCUCAGCCUGAAGCAGAAAUUCCUCUUCAGGACACCACAGCAGAAGCAUUUACCAUGCUGUUGAAAUACAUUUACACUGGUCGUGCUACACUACGAGAUGAGAAAGAGGAGGUUCUCCUAGACUUCCUAAGCCUAGCACAUAAAUAUGGGUUCCCAGAACUGGAAGAUUCCACGUCUGAGUAUCUUUGCACAAUACUUAAUAUUCAGAAUGUCUGUAUGACAUUUGAUGUUGCCAGUCUUUAUUCCCUUCCCAAAUUAACUUGUAUGUGCUGUAUGUUUAUGGAUAGAAAUGCCCAGGAGGUGCUCUCCAGCGAAGGCUUCCUGUCACUUUCUAAGUCUGCUCUUCUAAGUAUUGUACUGAGGGACUCAUUUGCAGCUCCUGAGAAGGACAUUUUUCAAGCUUUAAUGAAUUGGUGUAAACAUAACCCCAAGGAAAACCAUGCUGAAAUCAUGCAAGCAGUACGAUUGCCACUAAUGAGUCUAACAGAACUACUAAAUGUCGUAAGACCGUCCGGACUGUUGUCACCUGAUGCCAUCCUAGAUGCCAUUAAGAUUCGUUCUGAGAGUCGGGACAUGGACCUCAACUACAGGGGCAUGUUAAUACCAGGGGAAAAUAUUGCAACAAUGAAGUAUGGAGCUCAGGUUGUAAAAGGAGAGCUGAAGUCUGCUUUAUUAGAUGGGGAUACUCAGAACUAUGACUUGGAUCAUGGCUUCUCUCGACACCCUAUUGAUGAUGACUGCCGUUCUGGAAUUGAAAUCAAACUAGGCCAGCCAUCAAUAAUCAACCACAUACGAAUACUCCUGUGGGACAGAGACAGUCGAUCUUAUUCCUACUACAUUGAGGUGUCCAUGGACGAGUUAGACUGGAUUCGGGUUAUUGAUCACUCUAAAUACCUCUGUCGGUCCUGGCAGAACCUGUAUUUUCCUGCCCGUGUCUGCAGGUAUAUUCGAAUUGUUGGGACCCACAACACAGUGAACAAAGUUUUCCAUAUUGUGGCAUUUGAAUGCAUGUUCACAAACAAAACCUUUACUCUGGAGAAAGGUCUGAUAGUUCCCACUGAAAAUGUUGCAACAAUUGCAGACUGUGCCAGUGUGAUUGAGGGUGUAAGUCGCAGUCGCAAUGCCUUAUUGAAUGGAGACACAAAAAACUAUGAUUGGGAUUCUGGGUACACAUGCCAUCAGCUUGGAAGUGGAGCUAUUGUAGUUCAGCUAGCACAGCCCUACAUGAUUGGAUCAAUACGGUUGCUACUUUGGGACUGUGAUGAUCGGAGCUACAGCUACUACAUUGAGGUUUCAACGAAUCAGCAGCAAUGGACUAUGGUGGCUGAUCGCACAAAAAUUUCCUGCAAAUCCUGGCAAACAAUCACUUUUGAUAAACAGCCUGCAUCUUUUAUCAGAAUAGUUGGGACUCACAACACAGCUAAUGAGGUGUUUCACUGUGUGCAUUUUGAGUGCCCAGCACAAAACAGUACCCACAAGGAUGACAGUAGUAAGGAAGUGACAACAGAGGUGGGGACUGGUGGACAACAGCUUGGCUCUCGCCCUGUUCGAGCUGCAAGCACUAGUUCCCUGCAUUCCCCUCCUGGAUCCACCUCGCGUUCACAUGCUCAUCAACCAUAAAGAAGAUUGAAAGGGAGCUUUUGCAGCCCUGCUGACAUAUGAAAUUAUUCAGAACCUUCUUGUGCUGGCACCUUUUCUUUCUUUUUCUCUGUGAACAAAGGGGACCAUGUCUGAAAGCUGGAAAUGCUGAAAUGGAAAAGGCUUUUCCCAAGGACAUGAAGAGACUGCUUCACUCUCCUCAAUUUGUUCAAAUCAGGCUGGUCUCGGAGGGGGGAGAAAAUAGGUCGUCAAUCUUCAUCAAGUACCCCAUUAACACCCUACCUCUCUAAUCUAACCAAGGCAAGGAGAACAGAAGGAAAUAAAAGGCAGAGCUACAGUGGAAAUCUAAAAUUACCCGAGCAAAAUGGAAGGCAUAUGAAAUAAGUAUUUGUUCCCUGAAGGCUUCCAUUAGCAAAGAAAAUGUUUAUGGAACACAUCAGUCCAGAAUAUAUGUUAUUUUUAAAGUUAUUCUUCAUUCAUAUUCCUUUGUAACUAGUAAUUUGUUUUCUAAAUUGUUUUGACUCUGUAUUCCAUUUUGUCCCUUAUUUUUGGCUGUAGCAAAUGCUGUGCAGUAGAUUAAGGAAAUAUCAAACAUGUUUACCUGCUGAGAUGCAAAUUCCCUCAUUCAUCAGUGGGAUGACAAGAAAAGCCUUCAUGAUACCAACGAACUAAUUAAUGGAUGCUAUAUUAAUCUUGACCUCAGUUGACUUUUCAAAGUAUAAAAUUCUAAUUUCUUGCACUCAAAAUGGAAAUUCCUAAAUCAAGCAUCCAUCUUGAAAAAAACAUAUUUUUCAGUCCUCAAGAUGAUUACUUAAAUUUUACCUGUAUUUCUAAGAAAACUUGCAACAGAUCAUAAAGAAUAUUUGGUUUAGAAAAGUGGAACUGCAUCUGGUUGCUGACAAGCAAUUGUUCAGAAUACAAAAAGAAUAAUUUGCAGAUUUUUUUUUUUCCAAGAAAAAAAGUUUUACAGUCUGGACCUAAAAAUUCAAGGGCUGUAUGUGCAUAAAGUUUUCUCAUAAUCUUCAUAAAAUAUGAUGCUUUUACAUUAUAUUGUAAAAUAUCUGGCUCUUACUUUACAGUCACAGAAUUUGUCAGUCAUCUAUGUCUGUCUGGAUUACAUUGCCUGCUAUUUUGCUUAUACUAAGUGUUUCCACGCUGAUGAUGAUGCAGUCUCUUACUCUCCAGAUCUGUGUGACUUUUAGGAAGAGCUCCGUGUUGGUCUUUCAGUAUGGGGCGAAGUGAUGUUGCAUUAAGUCAAAUGCUGAUGCAAUUGGCAAAAUUGAUUAGGAGAGUUGUUCCUCCUCACAAAGUAUAAUAUACUGGAAAUGUCAGCUAUCCAGUUUUAUGAACUUGGAAUUUCCUGUGGUGACAAAUAGCCUUGUCAGAAGAAAAUAAAGCUAGUGUAGGAUAAAUACGGUUUUCCUUUGCCUAACCAUAGUGAUAAAAAGAGUUAUAUCAACAUAUCAAAUAGUAUGUUAAUUUAUCACACUACUUACUUUGAAAGAAUUUCCCCGUUGGAUACUGGCUGUGCUAAAACCAGGAAGAAAUAUAACAAGUUGUAGCACUGAAUCAGUAGAAACUUUGAAGGAGAAAAGCUUCCUUUUUCUUGUUUCAAAUAAAAUUGAUUAGGCUUUAUCAAUAAUACUAUAGCAUUUUUAAUUGCCAAAUUGCAGUUGAGUUCUGACAUUUACAUACUGUCCCUCCCUUCCCACUGCUGUCUUCUGACUUGUGAAUGUCUGUCGAUGAAGGUGCAUGCCCAUGGCAUUAUAUAUAGCUUAUAAUAUGUGCCACACUGCCUCAGACAGUCUGGAGUUCUGAGGCAGGAUACUGCUCAUGUCGGUCAGCACCUAGUCUGGGGUGCUGAUUAUAACAGCCUUUGGAGCAUGAAAGAAUUGAGAUCAGCUACUGGGGACACAACUCUCUUGUUUAAGGUUCAAAAAGUUGGAACUUUUCUUUUUUUCUUUGAAAACUAAAACCAGAAAACUUUUCCAUUCUGGUUGUAAUCCAUGCUGGAACUACUGAGAUGCAUGGAGCAUGUCUUGUCUUUGGUAGAUACGUGUCAGUGAUGGUAUUUCUUUGCCAUUUGAUCAAACAAGUUUGCUUUUCUGAAGCUGUGGAAGAGCAAAGGGCAUAGCUUCCUAGCUGUUAGUCUUUAGUAGUCACCAUUGCAGAGAAUGUUUAAAAAGAAUUUUUUAAAAAGUUUGUGCUAGCUGUUGUGAGUCUAGGCUCUCAGAGAAAGAACAGAUUUUCAGUUCGUAAUCUUUGAUGUGCACAGUUAAUUUUUAUGAUACAAAUAUGUCUUGUAGACUGCCACCUACUGCACAUCUUUUUGAUCCUGUCCUGUGACUCACUGUUGAACAGAUUUGUCUGUGUAUUUCCCAUGACAUUCAUUCUCUGUCAGGAAUCUGAAUAAACAAAUCUGAGAUUCCCAAGACAAAAACUAUGAGGUCCUAUAGAUCCUUCAAUUCCCCACCCUCAAAAAUCAAUCAAAACAAAAAAUAACUUUAUAUUAUCCCUUCAUACAGGUGUGGAGAAAAUUGUAGUAUUAGACUAUCCUUAGUUACAUAUGGCCUUUCACACAGUCUUUAUUUUUUCUGCUAGAGUUACUCUUUGAACUUGUCACUGGGGGGAGUCCAAUGUGAUCUCAGAGCUCCCAAGCUUUUAAGACAAGCCCUGCCACAACUUCACAUUUUCUAGUGGGAAUCCUUUACCUUUUUAUUCAAAGAAAAUAACGUUGAAAUGUUUAAGGGACCUGAACUCUGCUUGGUCUUCUAACACUACCCACCAACAAACAUCUCUAUCUGUAUUGACUAGUAAGGUCUCUUUCUUAAAUAUUGUGUCAGCAAUGCAUUACUAGUGUCACGGAAAGAUACCACACAGAACUGAUUUGUGAUUUGGAGUGAAUGUUCUCAUUCAUUCUAAUUAUUGUCUGUAUUUAUUGAUUCCCAAUUUCAGAUGUAGUUCUUGUACAUUCUUCUGAAUUAUUUUUUUUUUUUCCUUUCCGUGGAAGUAACUUGUGCUGUUAGGUCUUAAUAUCAGAGUUUAUCAGAGUGAUGAAAUAUUAUAAUUAUUCAGAACUGUGUUAUCACUCGUAUUUUAUUUACAACAGGGGUAGAGCAGAACUGACCAAGUAUUCAUUGUUUUCUUGUCAGAAACUAUAAAAUAGACUUGUUGUUAGAUUUCUACCUGAUGGAACUAACUAUAUUGUCACUAUUGAUCCAUUAUUUCUAUUUAGUACUUUAGUAACUUUAAAUUUCCCAGGCCUUGUUUUCUCAGGUUUUCUUCCAUAGGUUGAAUUCAGACUUAGGCUCAACUCCCAUGGAGCUCAACAAAGCUCUUUCUAAAGUCCCUUUAUUUAAUUAGCUUUAUUCCAAGUGCAUUUAAAAGAUUUUUAUUCAUGGAAAUGUAUGGCCAAAUAUCAACUCCUUAAAACUGAUUUAUCCAUCAAAUUUAAUUCCUGAAGUGAGCAAAAGUUGUGCGGCUGUUUUCAAGCCAUUGCCAGUCGGCUCUAAAACAAGUUCAAAUGUCAUGUUUAAUGAAAUUACAAUGAGAAAAGUUAAUCCAAAUCUAUUGUGAAAGAUAAUACAGAGGAGGACUCACCAAUUUUGUUAGAGAAGGAACUGUUCUUCAUUGCAGUUUCCUUCCUUUAGGGCUCCAUUUCUUUCUUUUUUUCCCCAUGAAAAUAAUUUUUUCUUGUUUGUUAUGACAAAUCAUGAAAGAGCUCAGUGCUUCUCAGCAUUGCUGAAAAAAUCAAAUUAAUUUAAUCCAUCUUCAUCUUUACUAAUGAUAACAUUAGAGAAUUUUCAAUUUAGUAUGUUCAGUUGAUGAGUUGGCUUCCAUGAAAGAAAGCAGAAGAUGUCUGCAGUUGUUACACUCUAAGUAAAUUAAGUUUCCCAACCAUGUGCAUGCAAAUAUCUACUCAUUAUUCAGCAAUGUUUUGUACAUCUAGAGCCAGUGCAAAAAUUAGAAGACAAAGUUAAUGCCAUUCUUGUCUGAUUGUUGUCAGUAGUUCUGGUAAUACAGUGAUGCCCACUCAGAGACACUCAAUAAGAAAUCAGAUGUGAUUUUACAGAAAGUAGACAUUCUAUAUGCUGCAUUUUUCUGUGAAAGUAUUCAUUGGCUUAUAUUUUGACAGGUGUUAAUAUCUUGAUAAUUUUGUUGUUGUGGCUGGUGUAAUCAGCAAAUAGUCAGAGCCAGUAAGAAUUAAUGUAUUUAAGAGUAAAGGUUAAGGCUUGUAUGUCAUGAAUCCAGUUGCCAGAGGACUAAACCGUGCUUCAGAAAUAACAAUUUGCACAUCCCAGAGGAUGCUUGAGGCCUGGUUCCCAUCCCUAUCUCUCGGUUAAUGGUGUAUUUAGGUCGGAAUCCUUAGCUGUCUCUGAACUAAUUGUUGUAGUUGUCAGCUGUACUAGUUAACUCAGAUAUGUAUAGAAGCUCCACAAAGCUUUGUUCAGGAUACAGAAAUAAAAGUCCUGGGUCAAGUUUUAAGAGUACCUAAAUAUUCAUACAUAUAUGUUAAAUUGAGCUAGUAGCUAAUUAUUUCGCUAGAAUUCAGAACAGGUUCCAAAACUAAAAAAAUUCUGUGCAGGCAGGUGUGAAAUGCUACCAUUGUGGUACGGCAGGAUGCUCACUCUGGUUUAUGGUUGCUUAAAAAGUGCAAAUGUCUAAACAAGGUGUAAGUGAGGAGGUCCAAAGCUGGGUUUUCCCCAGUUGUUAAGUACUGCCAGUGUAACUGUAGAAUUCAUCUCAAAGACAGGUGUGCAGUUCCAAAGAACAGACCUAUACCUCUUCUAGCUACCUUGUAUGCUAUGGCUUGCAGUGUUUACGGAGGGAGCCUUCAUAUGACUUUUGUUAACUGCUAAAAAAAACCCUGCAGACUUUUCUUUGGCCCUUCACAAGCUUUCAUUGCAAAGCUUUGGCUGAGAUAAUGUCAAAGUCCUGCUUGUGUUCCAUGAUAGAAUCUGGGUCUGUGUUUGAAAUUGCUUACUGGAAAAGUAGUUUUAAAGUCACCCUGUAACUAUUCUUAGAUAAAGCCCAAGUUAAAAACUGUAGUAUAAUACAAGGAAACUGCAGGUAUCUGUCAUGUACCAAUUGACUGCCAAUACAACUAGUUUUAUCAUACUGUAUGUGUUUAAUUACUAUGAUAUAUACAAAUGGUGGGAGUGAAGAAUCAGCUCCACACACCCUUGGCAUUAGACAUUAUCACCCAACCAGACAUCAGAGAAUUACUACUUCUUCCAUUCCUUCCAGUCUAAUAGAAUAAUACAACUCACCGUUUUGGAAAAAAAAAAAGAAAAAAAAAAAAAAAAAAAAAAAAAUUGACUCAUUACAUAAAUGUCAUGGAAUUGAACUUCAGAUUACUUUGGCUAAAAAUCUGAGUGAUGAUUUCACUCUGCACAGUGUAAACAUGCCUCUCCAGUGGCUCCUGCAACUUUAGACUGUGCGCUAUCGUAGAGGAGAGCUGCACUGUUGGUGCAGUGUAAGUAGUUUUCCUCAUUGUAACUUUUGCUCAUCUAUUUCGUAUUUGUCAUCUUGGCACAUGUGUUCUCCUUGUGCAGAUACUCAUCCUCGGUUAAAAGAAGGUCGCCUAGUUUUCUUUAUUUUCAGAAUUAUCCAGUGACUCCUGAAAACUAGCAGAUACACAUCAACAACCUCAGUCUAUAUUAAGUAGUCUGAGGAAUUUACAAAACCUGACCUGUAUGGUCUUUUACAGUAAAUGUUAUGUGUCCAAAAAGUACCAGGUAACUCCUGAAAUACCAAGUUGGCAGUAUUACUGUUCAGAUGAGGGUUUGUGCAUCUAAAACAAUGUGCCAUGUCAUCCAAGUGAAUAGUUAUUGCAGCUUGUUUUUCUAGAGAAAGCAGGGAACUUGCACACCUACCAGAAAUCACUCAUUUCCUUCAUAUCAUUUUUGGUCUACAUCACCUAUCUGCUGUCUCUGUACUCCUAAUAUGUCACUCAUUUGAAGAGGUAAAUAGUUUGAGUGAAUGUUUUUAUGCAGUAAUACAAAGUUCAUGGGACUUAGGUGAUUAAAUUAGAAGCAUCACUUAUGGCAAGACCUGGAGUUGCAAGGAGCAGUUUUGAAGAAAGAUUGGUAUGGACUUACAUGUGUGCAUCUGUGCAUGUAUAGCUAAGAAAAUGUAUGUGUUGCCUAAGUCAAAGUGACCGUUUGCAAAGAUGUGUUCUACAUGGCUUUUUUUAAAAUUUAGGGAAUUUUGUUAAGGAAUCUGUCAGUCAUCUGAAUAUGAGCUCUAAAAAA